AUGAGCGUCGCGACAAUAAUCGGCACCGCUAUAAAAACAGCCACUGUCCUCCUUGGCGUCGGUAUCGGCAAGAUAACUAUAAUCCCAGUGUUGAUUGCCGCCCUAGCAUACUUCAAUUAUGACCUCAUGGACCCGGAAAAUCAUCCGCGCGUAACGAAGCAAUUGAGGAAAGAUUACGACUUUGUUGUAAUCGGCGGCGGUUCAGCUGGCAGUGUGCUCGUCAAUAGGUUAACUGAGAAUUCUGAUUGGAACGUGCUUUUACUGGAAGCCGGUGGGCAUGAAACCGAAAUAACAGACGUGCCGAUACUUUCUUUAUAUUUACAUAAAAGUAAACUUGAUUGGAAGUAUCGCACGCAGCCGCAAGACACAGCCUGUCAGGCGAUGAAUGAUGGUCGAUGUUGCUGGACUAGAGGCAAGGUUCUUGGAGGAUGCAGCGUUUUAAAUACCAUGCUGUAUAUACGCGGCAACCGACGUGAUUUCGAUGGAUGGGAAAGUUUCGGAAAUCCUGGUUGGGGAUACGAAGACGUAUUACCAUACUUCAAAAAGUCACAAGACCAAAGGAAUCCAUAUUUAGCACGCAAUACAAAAUAUCAUAGUACAGGAGGAUACUUGACGGUGCAGGACAGCCCAUAUCUCACUCCAUUGGGCGUAGCGUUUCUUCAAGCUGGAGAAGAGAUGGGCUACGAUAUUUGUGAUAUUAAUGGUGAACAGCAAACUGGCUUCGCCUUUUUCCAAUUUACAAUGCGGCGAGGCACUAGAUGCAGUACUGCCAAAGCAUUUGUACGACCUAUUCAACUUCGAAAAAAUUUUCAUCUUUCCCUGUGGAGCCAUGUAACUCGAGUGCUGAUAAAUCCUCAGAAUAAAAGAGCGUAUGGUGUAGAGUUUAUCAGAGAGGGUCGUAAGGAAGUAGUGUUCGUCAAGAAAGAGGUGAUUCUUUCGGCCGGUGCCAUUAAUAGUCCACAAUUGUUGAUGUUAUCCGGUGUAGGCUCGCGUCCACAUUUAGAGGAAUUGGGUAUUUCCGUGAUUAAAGACUCGCCCGGAGUCGGACAGAAUCUGCAGGAUCAUAUAGCAGUUGGUGGGCUCAUUUUUCCAAUCGAUUACAAAGUCAGCUUCGUUAUGAAUCGAAUGGUAAAUAUAAACACGGCGUUGAGAUAUGCCAUUACCGAGGAUGGCCCGUUAACAUCCAGCGUUGGUCUCGAGGCAGUCGGUUUUAUUUCGACCAAGUAUGCCAAUCACACCGACGAUUGGCCUGACAUUGAGUUCAUGUUAACAUCCUCAUCAACGACCUCCGACGGCGGUACCCACGUAAAGAACGCUCACGGUUUAACAGACGAAUUCUAUAACGAAGUAUUUAGACAAAUCACCAAUCAUGACGUUUUCGGAAUAUUUCCGAUGAUGCUUAGACCUAAAUCGCGCGGUUAUAUUAGACUGAGAUCCAAGAAUCCUUUACAUUAUCCGCUGCUUUAUCAUAAUUAUCUCACUCAUCCAGAUGACGUGGCAGUGCUUCGCGAAGGUGUCAAGGCGGCUAUCGCCUUUGGCGAGACCAAUAGUAUGAAAAGAUUCGGUUCCAGAUUUCAUAAUAAACCAAUACCUAAUUGCAAGCAUAUUCCACUUUAUACCGACGAGUACUGGAACUGCGUGGUCAGGCAAUAUACCAUGACCAUUUAUCAUAUGAGCGGAACCGCAAAAAUGGGACCAUCCAAUGAUCCAAUGGCGGUCGUGAAUCCAGAACUGAGAGUCUAUGGGGUUGAAGGACUACGGGUAAUUGAUGCAUCUAUCAUGCCCACUAUUACUAGCGGAAAUAUUAAUGCACCAGUCAUAAUGAUAGCAGAAAAAGGUGCUGAUAUGAUAAAGGCAAGGUGGAUACAAUCAUCUCGUUCCAAAAGGGACAAUGUUACUGUUGCUGCUUCUUGAUACGCUGUUCCUAAUCGAUUACAUAAUUACAUAAUG